AUGGAGCGACUUGGUCGUGUGUGGACAAGACUUUCCGUACGUCGACCCACUCUACCAGCAGUUGAACCACAUGCUGAAGAAGACGAUGACGAUGAUCUGCCAUUUACGAAGAAUGAAGUGUUCGAGAUGUUCUCCCGUUCUAAGGGAUCCAAACAUCGGAAAUCGGAAGGCGUCAACUUACACCGUCCCCGUUGUAGUGUCGACAAUACGGCACGUCUAUCUUCGUCACCACAACGUAAUCUUAUGACACCGCCUGUACCACGAGAAUCAUCGUCACCUGAUGUCCCAUCUAUAUUGAAGUACAGUAAUGAAGGACAACUGAUGAAAUCGCCAUCAAGAGGAUUGGUGGCGCCAAGCACCGCCAAACAUUCGCAUUCAUUGGGCGACAAACGUACUGCUAGCUUUCAUGAAGAGUCCUGUAGCUAUGCAGUGGAUCCCGAUAGACUGCGAAGUUUUUACAAGGAACAAAAAGAGAAAAAUGUCUCAUCGCGAGGAUCUGACGCCGCCGAGAUUGUGAACCCACGACGUAGUAGUGUGUUUGUAAAACGCGGAUCAGUAACGAUGGACCCGAUUAAAAAAGUCAAUAUCGAGGAUGUAUACACUGUGUAUAAACAGCUCGGUACGGGACGAUUCGGGUACAUCAAACUUGCCGAACAUAAACAAUCCAAACAAAAAAUCGCUAUCAAAUUCUUCCCUCGUCCUCAAACGAAACAGGUCGAUUUUAUUCGGGAAUAUAACUAUUCAUUCUUUUUAUCGCCACAUCCUCAAAUAAUCGAUACCUACGAGGGAAUGCAUCAGACAGGAGACGAGUCAGCUUUCUUCUUCGUUCAACAAUUUUGCCCUAGUGCUUCGUUACGAGAAGCGGUUGAAGCCACAAAUCAGCAAGGGAUUGGUGAGGCCAACACGAAAAAGGUCUUUGGUGCUGUACUAUCUGCCAUGGAAUUCAUGCACAGUGAAAAUCUUGUACAUCGUAAUCUUAAGGCAGAAAACAUACUGUUAUUCGACAAUAAUGAUUAUUCUAAGGUAAGUAACUUUAUGGUGAUGUUUAUCCAACCCCACAUGCGUUUGUCCUCAAAAUGA